AUGGCUGGACCAUGGACUUUACAACCAGGACAAUCUCAAGGAUCAAUUCCAACAUGGGCAACAAAACCAACAGUUGUUAAUUGUGAAGUUGAUGGGGGUGGUGUUGGUACAAUUCAAAUGCAAGCUGGAGUCUCACCAGCUGAACAGGAUACAUUUAAUGACUUUGGCGAAUAUGACCGUAGUUUUGGAGGAUUUGAAUUAACCUUAACAAACAAAGGUUCAACUGUUUUGACUUGCAAUACUGUUUAA